AUGAUUGGCCUCUCUUUGUGGGGCGUCGACUCUCCCCGCUCAUUAGCCACGCCCGUGAUAGAGCAGCCUAUCCCGAUAUGCGAGCACGGUGGAUCUGGACUGGUACUGGAAGACCGUCUUAUGGGGUAUGUUGAAGGGAGUCAUCCUCAGAUACUGCCUUUGUUUGGGGACUCCGAACAGGACUGGCCCAACGGCCUCAGGGUGGUACUCUAUUUCCUUGGCCUUUGUUGGUGCUUUGUGGGCGUGGCUAUUAUCAGCGACUUCUUCAUGGGGGCGAUAGAGAAAAUAACUUCUAAGAAAAAAAGAGCUCGCCUUACAAUCCAAGGCGAGACCAAGUUGGUGACUGUACGAGUAUGGAACGACACUGUGGCGAAUCUCACUUUGAUGGCACUUGGCUCGAGCGCCCCCGAGAUAUUGCUCUCUAUCAUAGAGCUAUUCAGUCAAGAUAUGUACUCGGGACACUUGGGGCCCAGUACCAUCGUAGGAUCAGCAGCGUUCAACCUUCUGGUCAUCUCGGCGGUAUGUAUUAUGGCUAUCCCGGAUGGUCAAGUGAGAGCUAUCAACGAUAUUGGCGUAUUUGUGGUUACUGCUGGCUGCAGUAUAUUUGCAUAUAUAUGGCUUCUCUUAGUACUGCAGGUGUCUUCGCCGGACGUAGUAGACAUAUGGGAAGCGGUGGUCACUUUGGUGCUUUUCCCUGCCCUUGUGGUCAUGGCAUUUGCUGCUGAUAAAGGUAUGUUCUCGAUCAAGACAAAUGUAGCAAGUGCGCACCGUGACCAUAUCGUGGGUCUAGAGGAUCUCAGUCCGGACGAGCUAGUGGAUUUGAUGGCUGAGGUGACCAGGAGGAGACGCUUACAGGAGAGGUGUCCAUCUCAGAUUCGUCAACGACAUGGUUCAAGUCUCACUGACGAUGCCGUAAUGAGAAUUAUUCAGGCAGAGAGACCUCCGAGGACCACUCGGGCUCAACAUAGGAUCCAGGCUAGUCGGAUGUUGACGAGGAGGUCGGGUGCGUCGAAGAGAUCCUCUGUGUGGAAUUCUCUCCCGGCUCAUCUGGUGGCCCUCAAAGAUACGGUUGAGGCGGACGAAGAGGCUGUUCGAUCCGAAUCCACUAUUCCUGUGAUUAACUUCAAGUGCUCGAGGUUCGCUGUGAUGGAGGGGGCUGGGAGAAUAGUGUUGCCGUUGGUUACCUCUCGCCCUUUGGAGCGAGAUGUCGUAGUGAGAUAUGAAACCCUACAGGGAACUGCGACCGCUGGGGAGGACUAUGUACCUGUCAUCGAUGGGAAGAUCACUAUUCGAGCUGGGGAGUCGUCAAGUGAUGAGGUGACCAUCGCCAUUAUGGAUGACGAUAUAGUGGAAGAGGAUGAGAACUUCUGGGUUCGCGUGACACAUGUUUCGGAGGGUGCGGUGAUUGGGAAGCUGUCCGUAGCCGAAGUGACGAUCAUCGAUGAUGAUGAGAUUGGGGAGUUAGUCUUGGAGAAAGAGGAGUUAGUAGUGGAAGGGGAUGUGAGUCCUUCUCCUUGGCCUGUUGUCGACCCCAGUGAGGCCCGUCUAUGGCAGGAAGCUCAAGUCACAGUCCUUCGAACCAAAGGAUGCAGCGGUGAAGUGAGGGUACUGUAUAGGACAGAGUCUGGUAACGCGGUGGCUCCUAAUGAUUAUAUCCACACUGAGGGAGAGCUAAUAAUGGACCAUAAUCAGGCUGCUGGAGUUAUAAAGAUUCCUCUUCGCUCCACGUCUACUCGAACGCCCCAUUUCCGGCUCAUAUUAUCAAAACCUUCUGGAGGUGCGAAGUUCUGUUCGAAAACGGAUGGCGGUCAUGAUUCGCUCAUCUGCACUAUUUGGAUCAAACCCAAGUCGGGCAUAAGUCAGGGCCGUACGACGGUUACAGACCUCCUCAAUGUCCACUGGGGCAAGAUGAGUCUUGGAGCGACGAACUGGCGAGAACAGUUCAAUGAAGCUCUGUGGGUGAACGGUAGCAGGGAAGAACAGUCUGAGGCUGGCGUCGGGGACUGGGUUAUGCACGUUAUUACCUUCCCUUGGAAGAUAGUCUUCGCCUUUUGCCCUCCACUUGAGUACGCGGACGGUUGGCUGACGUUCUUCAUCAGUCUAUCCAUGAUUGGUGGUGUAACGGCGAUCAUAGCAGAUAUGGCGUCUCUCCUGGGAUGUACGAUGGACAUUCCUGAUUCUGUUACCGCCAUAACAUUGGUUGCUCUAGGUACUUCUCUUCCUGAUACAUUCGCAUCAAGGUUAGCAGCUAUGCAGGAUCCUUAUGCAGAUGCUUCUAUUGGGAAUGUCACGGGAAGCAACUCUGUCAACGUGUUCCUUGGUCUCGGUUUACCCUGGGUGAUUGGGUCUCUGUAUUGGAGUGCUAAAGGGGCUACACAGGAGUGGAUAGCGAGAGUUGGUUUGGACAUUUACACCAAGUAUCCAGAUGGUGGUUUCGUGGUGGAAGCUGGUGAUCUCAGCUUCUCUGUCAUGAUAUUCACCAUUUGCGCAUUCUUAUGCCUGACUGUAUUAGUCGCGCGGCGAGCCAAGUACGGGGGCGAGCUUGGGGGAACUAAACAUGGCAAGCGGAUAAGUGCUGCUAUCUUGACGUAUGCAUUAGAGGUUGACGUUACUUCCAACGGUGUCGCGUUGAACAGUAACCUUCAUCUUAAUUACAGGGAUGCCUCCGAUGUAGACCGUGGUGAAUAUUGA